AUGUCACGACUUGAUAACAUUGACGCUCUUGAAAAGCAAUUAGCUGAGUUACAAAUGGCUAAAGAUUUAAAUACUACUGGAAAGGUAAAAAAGAUACCACCAGCCGUGCCACCAAAAAAGAAAGCUCAACCUCAAGUGCCACACAGUGCUGUAGUAAGCACUAUAUGUGAGCCAUCAUAUUCAGCUAUGAUAAUGCCACCUGCAAGUAACAAUUUGACAUACAGAAAUCCACUUCCAGGCAACACACGGCCUCAUAUUCAUAAAGACUACGCUAACGUUAAUCAGCUGAAUUUGUCAUCAUUUAACCAUACGUAUCGGCAAAACUUGCCUAUGCCUCCUAAGGCUUAUAAUGCAACAUACAGCAAUGUACCACCAUAUAGAACCAAUGAUAACUUGCCUCCGGUGCCACCACCGCCACCGCCACCUCCUCCACCACCCUCAAUUUCGAUUUCUUCGUCGAAACCAUAUAACAUGCCUCAACAUAACGAAGAAUAUUUACCACCACCAUCACCUGUCAGCUCUAACUACAGUGAAUUAGUCAGAGCCACUGCAAACUUGAACUAUAAUCAAGAAAGGCCCAAUUAUCCACCUAUCUAUCAGAAUGAGUUUUCUGAAUAUGGAGCAUCACAAUCUUCAACUUAUGAAUCACUUUAUGAACCUAUUAACCCACGCCCACAUAGCAACUUGUCAUCUCAGUCUAAUUCACUGCACAACUAUCGCAAUAACUUGUCUAACACAAGUAAGUCACCACUUCACAAAGAAGAAGAGGUUGAUGCACUUACUAAUAUGCUUGUGAAAUCUAUAACAGACAGUCAAGAUUUAGAUGUAUUUGGAACAUGUGUCAAAUGCGACGGAAAAGUAAUUGGUGAGAGUUCUGGAUGUACUGCAAUGGGAAACAUGUAUCAUGUGACAUGCUUCUGUUGUCAUCGAUGUAACGUAAAUUUGCAAGGGAAGCCAUUCUAUGCUGUUGAAGGUCAACCUUACUGUGAAACUGAUUACUACGAAACCUUAGAAAAAUGCUCUGUUUGUGACAUGCCGAUUCUAGAUAGAAUUCUAAGAGCCACAGGGAAACCUUACCAUCCCAACUGUUUCACUUGUGUUGUAUGUGGGAAAAGCUUGGACGGAAUACCAUUUACUGUUGAUGCAAUGAAUCAAAUUCAUUGUAUUGAAGACUUCCAUAAGAAAUUUGCACCUCGUUGUUGUGUUUGCGAAUUGCCUAUCAUGCCAGAAGAAGGAGAAGAAGAAACUGUAAGAGUGGUAGCAUUGGAUCGCAGCUUUCAUGUGAGAUGUUAUAGAUGUGAAGACUGCGGAUUAUUACUAUCUUCAGAAUCAGAAGGCAGAGGAUGUUAUCCUCUGGAUGAUCACAUUCUUUGCCGAAAUUGUAAUGCACAUCGUAUCCGUCUCCUUACUAAUGUUAUGACUACUGAUCUAUAA